AUGAAGCUUAACCUCAUUACCCUGACUUCUCUGGUCGCCUUGGCUGCUGCUCAGUCCAGCAGCACCACCGAAUCCGCUCCCUCCACCACUGUCAGCUUGAGCCCCGAACAGUCCUGCGCGAAGAAGUGCGACGCCUCGGACCUCUGCUGCAUCGCUGGAUGCUUCAAGGUGCCCUGCCCCAACGGAUCUCAGGCCAACGACACCAACAACUGCGUCGCCGCUUGCCCCCAGGGCACCGGUAGCCCGGCAGACACUCAGCGCUACGCCAACUGCCAGAACGAGUGCUACAGCAGCCACUUCUUCCCCAUCACUGCCACGGGUGCCCCUGGCGCGUCGAAGACCUCGGCCAGCGACUCCGAUGCCACCACCACUGGCAAGGAUAGCUCUUCCACUGGCAAGGGCAGCUCUUCUACCGGAUCUGGCUCCAAGUCUUCGCAGUCUGGAUCUUCCGGCACUAGCACCAGCUCUGGAUCUGCUGCCAGCGGCACUCCGAACGCUGCCUCGGUCGCCCAGCUGAAGUUGGGUGUCUCUGCGGCUGGUAUUGCCGGUCUUGCCCUUGGUAUCUGGGCUCUGUAG